CGCGAGAGAGAAGACCCUGGAUCCAGAUCUUACGUCUCCCAAAGCGACGAUAAAAAAAAAAGGCAUGAGAGCUUUGAAACUAGGGUUUCUAUUGUCCUCUGUCUUUCUACUGACGACGCCUACGUCGUCGAAAUCCCCCACCGCCGCCGGCGGAGGCGAAGGAGGAAGGGGCCGAUCGCUGCUGGGAUUCACGGAGACGAAGGGGAACGCCUCUUUCCAGUGCUCGCCCUCCGGCCCUUGCCUCCCUUGCGCCUACUCCGAAAAGAAUGAUGAGAAGUACCGCUGCAGUGAAACUGGGUAUCGUGUGCCUUUAAAGUGUGUAGAAAUUGAAGAAAGUUCAAAGGAAGAGACUGAUGAUAAGAAACAACGGAGGCUUUACUCUAACCGAGGCCUUGAGGCAAAUGCAGCAGUUCACAAACAGUUGAUGAAGGCUGUAAACAAUCUUAAAUGGAGAAGAUUAUUGGAUGAUUCAUCAGCAUCAGAAGGUGGGAAGCAGAGCUAUAUUACUUUCAGGAGCUGUGUUCCGGUGGAUGGCGAAGAAAAGUUGUCUGUUCUUGGUUUUGAGAUGAUUAUGUUUGGUCUGCUACUCAUCAGCGGUCCAGUUGUUUAUAUGAGGAAAAGACAUACUACUUCUGUAAUGCCUGGAGCUGUGAGGAUCCCAUCAAACCCUCCAAGGUUCUAACAUGUAUAAAUGUCAGGAUUGGAUUAAAAGGAUCCUUUGAUCAGAAUGAAGUAUUUGUAGGUUUGUUGUUUUUCCUCCUCGGUCGGAUAUAAGUUGUACUAUGUUUACCCAUGAAUGUAUUAUUUGCACAUCACGUUUGUAAUUCUUUGAAUAGUUUCAUAGAUAAUGUAGUUCAAAUCUGUAUUCUUCCCCCAACUUCUUAUGCUUCUCUUUACCAGAAAUUGAUUGAAGGAAGGGGAUGAAUGAUGAUGCUCAUUUCAUGCCA